AAGAGCGUUCUUCUUCUACGUUUGUUAAAGGCACCACACUGCCAUCCGUCGUCUUGGUGGAGGUGCUGCCUGGAAAAAACAACAGCUAGCAAACGGAGCUGCUAGCAACAGCAAACGUAAUUUGUUAGCAACUAUUGAUAUACAAGUAGCUUUGGAUUUGAUCGCUGCACAUCAAACGUAGUCUUCUAUUCAACCCCAUGGCGACAAGAGUGGCAAUGGUCCAUGAAGCGUUUUGGUUACACGCAGAGUGGCUUGUCCACCAGGAUCAUCAUCAGGCACUGGAGCACAGAUAACACCUCCAAACUGGUGACGGUGGAGUAUUCCAGAGAGACACUGGUUGGAGACAGCAGCUUCAGUAAGACAAACCAUGAUCCCCAUCACUGAGCUGCGGUACUUUGUGGACACACAGCCGGCAUACCGCAUCCUGAAACCAUGGUGGGAUGUGUUCACCGACUACAUCUCCAUUGUUAUGCUUAUGAUUUCGGUGUUUGGGGGGACACUGCAGGUCACCCAGGACAAGAUGAUCUGCCUUCCCUGCAAAUGGGUGGUCAAUCAGACCUGCAAGAGGAACUUCAAUUCUACGCUAGCCGCAUCAUUGUUGGAGCCCAAAGGGAUCCAGUAUGAUCUGGACCGCCACCAGUACAACUAUGUGGAUGCUGUGUGCUAUGAGAAUAGACUGCACUGGUUUGCCAAGUAUUUUCCUUACCUCGUAUUACUUCACACUCUUAUUUUCCUAGCUUGCAGCAACUUUUGGUUUAAGUUCCCACGGACUAGUUCCAAACUAGAGCACUUUGUAUCCAUCUUGCUGAAAUGCUUCGACUCCCCAUGGACAACUAGAGCACUGUCCGAGACGGUGGUGGAAGAGAGUGACCCAAAACCAAUGAAGAUGAACGGCUCAAUGGACCACAAGGAGUCCGUUAUCAGUGAGGAUGUUGAAGCAAGUGUUCCUAUGCUCCAAAGGACAAAGACGCGCUUUGAACAGGGCAUUGUAGAUAGAACAGAAACAGGGGUUUUGGACAAGAAAGAGGGUGAACAGGCAAAAGCCCUGUUCGAAAAAGUCAAGAAGUUCCGUAUACACGUCGAAGAAGGAGACAUCGUGUACAGACUGUACAUUCGUCAAACUAUCAUCAAAGUCAUCAAGUUUAUUUUUAUAAUCUGCUAUACAGGGUAUUAUGUGCAUGAUAUUAAAUUCAGUGUUGACUGUUCAGUAAAUAUAGAGAGCCUGACGGGUUACAGCGUGUACCGUUGUGCUCACCCUUUGGCUACACUUUUUAAAAUCUUAGCCUGUUUCUACAUUAGCUUAGUAGUAGUGUAUGGUUUGAUCUGCAUGUACACACUUUGCUGGAUGCUUCGGCGUUCGCUAAAGAAGUACUCCUUUGAGUCCAUACGGGAAGAGAGCAGUUACAGUGACAUACCGGAUGUGAAGAAUGACUUUGCAUUCAUGAUGCACAUGAUAGAUCAGUAUGACCCUCUUUACUCGAAACGCUUCGCUGUGUUCCUCUCGGAAGUAAGCGAGAAUAAGCUGAGGCAACUCAACCUCAACAAUGAGUGGACACUGGACAAGCUCCGGCAGAGGAUUACCAAGAACUCCCAGGAGAAGUUGGAGUUGCACCUUUUCAUGCUGAGUGGCAUUCCAGACACCGUAUUUGACCUGAUGGAGCUGGAGGUUCUUAAACUGGAGCUUAUCCCCGAUGUCACCAUCCCGCCGAUCAUCGCGCAGCUGGUCAACCUGCGAGAGAUGUGGCUUUACCACACACCAGCCAAAAUCGAAGCUCCCGCAUUGGCUUUUUUGCGUGAGAACUUGAAGUCCCUGCAUAUCAAGUUCACUGACAUCAAAGAGAUUCCCUUAUGGAUCUACAGUCUGAAGAAUCUUAGCGAGCUUCAUCUGACAGGGAAUCUCAGUGCGGAGAACAACCGUUACAUUGUCAUCGACGGGCUCCGGGAGCUCAAGAGGCUCAAAGUUCUUCGUCUGAAGAGCAAUCUCACCAAGCUACCUCAGGUGGUGACCGACGUGGGCAUGCACCUCCAGAAGCUUUCCGUCAAUAAUGAAGGCACCAAGCUGAUGGUGCUCAACAGCCUGAAGAAGAUGGUGAACCUGACCGAGCUGGAGCUCAUUCGCUGUGAUCUCGAACGCAUACCGCACUCCAUCUUCAGCUUGCACAACUUGCAGGAGAUUGAUCUGAAGGACAACAACCUGAAGACCAUCGAGGAGAUCAUCAGCUUCCAGCACCUUCACCGGCUGGUCUGCCUUAAACUCUGGUACAACCAGAUUGCCUAUAUUCCCAUCCAGAUUGGCACACUGACAAACCUGGAGAAACUCUACCUGAACAGAAACAAGAUCGAGAAGAUGCCCAGCCAGUUGUUUUAUUGCCGCAAGCUGCGCUUCCUGGACCUGAGCCAUAACAACCUCACCUAUAUCCCUACAGACAUUGGCUUCCUCCAGAAUCUCCAGUACCUGGCAGUGACAGCCAACAGGAUUGAGAGUCUGCCUAAUGAGCUGUUCCAGUGCAAGAAGCUUCGCACUUUGAACUUGGGGAACAAUUGCCUGCAGUCUUUGCCGUCGCGGUUUGGAGAGCUGACCGGGCUGACACAGCUCGAGCUGCGAGGAAACCGCCUGGAGUGUCUGCCCGUGGAGCUGGGCGAGUGCCGACAGCUAAAGAGAACCGGCCUCGUAGUGGAGGAGGACCUCUUCAACACCCUGCCCACGGAGGUCAAGGAACAGUUAUGGAAAAUUGACAAAGAACAGGCUUAAACUGUGGCUGUGAGAUAAAACGGAUACUGACCAACUGGGCCCUGACACAGGAGGAACGCCUAUUGUCUCCCCGAGUGCUUGAUGAAGAAGGCAGUAGUACUGCUGCAGUGUACUGCCAGUAAGGUUGGGUAUUGAGAACCAGUGCCAGUUGGGCAGAAUGAAAAUACUGGUAGCUUCUGGUUGUUCUCUCAAUUCUUGACCGUGCGGUAGAGUUUCCUUCCUUCACAAACAACCUCUCAGGCCUAUCAUAUUGUAACACAUUAAUCAUGCUUUUUAGCAAUUAUGUAGCAGUGCCAUCGGGAUCAGCAGCGUGCGCUUUACAUGUUACAUGCUUCUCAGUUAUGGUGGAGAAGUUUGGGCCAACUUUGCUCAAGACAGAAAAAGAACUUAAACUAUGUUUCUACCGUGGGUAAUUACUAAAGUAUCAGGUCCUUGUCUGAUCAACAGGGAAUACAUUAACGACUAGAAUGCACUCAGAGAACGCUGUUUUCGGUUCUGUUUGUUUGUCGGUUUGUCACCAUGAUUACAGAAAAACUAUUGGCCUGAUUUUCAUCUUAAUGAAAUAUAAUGCAGAUUUUCACUUACAGUAAGUCAUUUGAUUAAAUUACCAAAUGUUAUAUUUGCAUAUUGGGAAUGACGAUGCUAAUUACAAGCAAACUACAUCAAAAAGUUAGCAAUUCUAUAAGUUUAAGUCAGAAUGAUUCUAUUCCAUGGCUUUAAUGGUCAUACCCUUUCUUCUCUUCAUAUUUGCUUAGUCGGAAAAUCCUAUAUCGGAUAAAUCAUGAGUUAUGUCAAGGAAGGUUAUGGAUUCUGAGAUCCCCGGCCUGAGAGGGUCUUGGUAGCAGUACAACAUGUGGUAUAGUGCAAUUCUUACCUGGGGCCAGUUUGGCAGAGUGGAGGGGUUGAUGGCCUCUUUCUGUAGUGUGUUUGACCAAGCACUCGGAAUAGCAAUUCUUCUGCUGAAUGCUACCCAGUGGACUAGCAUUACAAUAUACCCCCCCGCCCCCCCAAACAAUCACAUUAGCGGAGCAUCUUAUCAACAAGCAGAUACCCAGCUCUUACUGCCAGUAUACUGUUCAGUGGGAAUUGAGCAAACUCUGUUUCAUGGUCAUGCUGCAUCCACAUUGUUUGUUUGUAAUGAAUUGCACAAAACAAAAUGAACCACUCUGGGGGAAAUGAGUCAUGUCUGCAUCACAAUAUUUCAAAUGAAAAUAAAACAGGAUAACACAAUAUUGACAUUGAAAUGGAGCCUCCAAACAUUAGUGAUUAUGUUUGAAACGGACGCAGAUGCUUACCUGGAACACUAGAUUAGUUUAUUACCUCUUUCUGUGGCGGGUAUGAAGUAAGCACUGGUCUGCUUGUACGCCCUGAUAGUUGAGAGUUAUCGUCUGCACAUACCAGACAUGUCCUCAAAUCUGUUUUCUGAACACCUGGCCUUGUAUUAAUUUCAGUUCAUUAUUAUUAUUAUUAUAACCAUGUAAGAUUAAUAUGAUGUUCCUAGCUUGGUGGGGUAGUUAUUAUGUUAGUUUAAUCUUGCUGAACUGCAUUCAUCAAAAUACGGUGCAAUGUUCAGUGUAGAUGUUUACCGUGGGUAGAAUUACAGCCAUCUUUUAAUAUAAAGCUAUUUAAAUGGCUAUAUUGGAUACAUUAAGAUGAGGUGAAUAUGGAAUUGAAUCCAAGUUCUAUUUAUGUGAAAGAACAAAGCAAUAAAGUCCAAAAUGGUCAUUUCUGAAACUUCAUUGUCGUGUUAAAUUUGAGCUUUUAAUCCAAAAAGCUUGAUGAAAAAAAGAAAAAGAAAUGCACUCCCCUCCUAUAGAAACCCAUCUUCAUCAGGGAGAUAAAGACAGACAAAAAGCUAGAAAUUAUAAUUUAGAUAAUAUAUUAAAAAAAUCAAAAUGACAAAGUAAUAUCUUAUCCUCUUGUUUUACUAAAUUGGAUCUAUGAGAUCAAAGUUUGACUUGUCACCUCAAAGCAAGCCGGUCCUAGGUGUACACCCACCCGGCAGUACAAAUGUUGUCUUAGUUUCUUAUCAUGUUGACUUGGUGUCAUAUUCUGUUGAUUUUAUUUAUUUAUUUUUCGUCUUCUAUACUUUCAAGGCGGGUCAUUCUAAUUGUUGUCGUGUAUUUCUCUGGUUUCAAAGUGUGUUCAUUUGUAGACAAAUGUGUGAUACUUUUAGGCUGAUAAAGACUUUUCUGCACUUGUGUUUUGCCACAGUAAGCUAAAAAUCUGGAUUUCAAGAUCAAUACCACAGCUCUGACACAGCAAAGCACACAAUAGGGGCUCUUAUGUUAACCCCGAGAACAAACGAAUAUCAGUUUAUGUUUUAAUAAACCUAACUGCAAAGAAACCUUGGACAGUAGCAAUAUGCAGUACAAUAACUGGGAUGAAAAGCAUAGGAAUAUUUUAAGCUAUGUACAUUUAUUUCAUUAACAUGUUUAACUAUGCGAUAUUGUGCAAUAUUGCCUUUAUUUAAACGAUGUAAAGGUUAGUAGUGAUGUAGUUUUCUAAUGUGCAUGGGCAUUAAUUUUUUCAUUGUACUAAGGUGAUGGUGAGAAUUUCAAGUUAAGUAAAGUUAAAAGUUAAGUUAAGCAGCUCUCCAUAAAUUACAUUUAGGUAAGUGCAACUAAUGGUAUACAACUGAAUGUUUUGUAUGUAUUUGGUAUGGGAAGGAUUGACUGAAUGACUGCCAGCCAUGAGAUUAAAAUGAUAUUAGAUAAGUAUUUCAAGUUUUUUUAAUUUUUUUUUUACCUUCAAUCCCAGCUGGAACAUUUUAAAUGGCAUCCAGAACACCUCAGCAAUACACCACAGAUUAAGACAAUCAACUAUUCUAAUUCUAUGUAAAGUGUUUCAGUGAGCACUGCAAGUAAUGGGUCAGUACAUUAAAGAGACACUGUGUAGGUUGCUAGUACAAUUGUAUCAGUUAAUAGAUUAGCUUUUUAUCCGUUAAUAUUCCUGUUCUGUGUUGGACAAAAUUUUUUUUUUUACAUUUUGACAGUUAUUGUUACAGUUAUAAGAUAGGUAUUAUUACAAUAUAACUAAAUUUCUCAGGAAGCCAGCUAGUACUGAUUGCCUAUUUUUUUAAUACACCUUGUGUUUUUAUUAAUUUAAACAAUUAUUUAUAAAGUUAGUUUUAUAUGCAUUUCUAUACAUUUUUUUUCUAGUUUGGUUUAUUGAAUAUUGACUGCUGGUUCAAAACUAAAUGUUUGUGUUUUUAAAGAAACUACUUGGUUUAACAUUUCUGUGUUUUCCUCAAUGACCAUGUACAAACUGAGCGGUAUUGUUUCAGAAAGGUCUUCGUCGUGAUUAGCACGGAUGAAGUGUGAAAGUGUUAUCCCUGUGUAUGUAUGUUGGCACAAUGAGACUUUCUAACCCCAUGAUGUUCAUCUUUGUCUUUCUCUUAAAAUCUUUAUUUUUUGGGUACAAAAUCUUUUUUCUUCAAUGUUUCCCAACUCUAAUCCAAUCAUAGGUGAUGUUUUAAUUAAUAAGGAAAUCAUCAGUGUAUCAGUAUUGACAUGAAUGAUGUUACAGUGAGUAUUCUGUUUGCGCAUGUGUCCCAUCAUCUCCUGCACACCAUCCACUAGAGUUACAAUAAAAUGAACAUGAUUGACUUCA